AUGGCCUACAAAUAUUCAGCUACGGAUCAAAUUGCUUCGAAUGAAGCUUCAUAUGGUGAUAAAAGGUCCCGAAAAGUAAAAACUGAUUAUAAAGACUCUGAUUCGAUAUAUAAUUCAGGAAAAUCUGAAAAUAAGGACAGAAGAUAUUCUCGGUCAUUCAUAAGUGUAGGCAAAAAGGAUUUGCGCAAUCUCGCGAUACUUAUAUUAGUUGCAUUCAUUGUGAGAUUAUAUCGAAUCGACCAACCUACUUCAGUGGUAUUCGAUGAAGUACAUUUUGGUGGGUUUGCAACAAAAUACAUAAGAGGAAGGUUUUUUAUGGAUGUACAUCCACCAUUAGCAAAGUUACUUAUCACGCUUGCUGGUUUAUUGGGAGGUUUCGAUGGAAGCUUUGAUUUUAAAGAAAUUGGCAAGGAUUAUUUGGAACCUAAAGUACCAUAUGUAGCAAUGCGUCUAAUGCCCGCUUCUCUGGGGAUUUUCCUAAUACCAAUUUCUUAUUUAACCAUUAAGUUAUCAGGAUUUAGUAGUGCUGCAUCAUUCUUAGUAGCUACCUUAAUAAUAUUUGAAAAUGGAUUGGUAACUCAAAGUAGGCAUAUUUUAUUGGACGCACCUCUUGUUGCUUUCACUGGUUUUACAAUAUUAAUGUGGGUGAAAUUUCAUAACGAACAAAGGAGACCUUUUCAAUUUCGUUGGUGGGUUUGGAUGGCAAUGACUGGUGUAGGACUCGGACUUACAGUGAGUUGUAAAUGGGUUGGACUUUUUACAAUUGCUCAUAUUGGUGUCUCAACAAUAAAGGGUUUAUGGGAUUUACUUGGUGAUUCAAGAAUAACGUUGACUCAAUGGGCAAAACAUUUUUUCGCCCGAGCAAUAUGCUUAAUUGUGAUUCCAGUAUCAUUGUAUUGUUUAUUUUUUGCUAUACAUUUUGCAAUCUUACAACGUAGCGGUGAUGGAGAUGGAUUUAUGAGUUCUGAAUUUCAACAUACUUUGCAAGGACAUGGCAUGCAAGAUAUGCCAAUAGACGUUGCAUUUGGUUCGCAGAUAUCUAUUAAACAUGUUAAUACACAUGGAGGAUAUUUACACUCUCAUAAGCACAAUUAUCCUGGAGGUAGCACACAACAACAGGUCACCUUAUAUCCACAUAAAGACGACAAUAAUUUCUGGGUUUUACAAAAUCAAACCGAUCCCGAAGUAUCAUACAACGAAAUUGUUCCUAAUUGGGUUCGUAACGGUGAUAUAAUUCGGCUUGAACAUAUCAUGACUUUCAAGAGGUUACAUAGUCACGAUGUAAGGCCUCCAGUUACUGAUGUAGAAUUUCAGAAUGAAGUCAGUGCUUAUGGUUAUCAAGGAUUUGAGGGAGAUGCAAAUGACUUUUGGCGUGUAGAGAUUGCAGAACAUGAUAAAUCAGAUCCUGAAUCUAAAGAGCGCCUUCGUACACUUCACACAAAAUUCCGACUUCAACACACUAUUACAGGUUGUUAUUUAUUUUCCCAUUCCGUAAAAUUGCCUGAUUGGGCUUAUGGUCAGCAAGAGGUUACGUGUAUAAAGGGCGGAAGUUAUCCGAAUACACUUUGGUAUAUUGAGGCAAAUUCGCAUCCAAAACUUCCGGAAGACUCUGAGAAAGUGAAUUAUAGGAGACCAGGAUUCUUUAGAAAGUUAAUUGAAAUUAAUAAAGUGAUGUGGAAUACAAAUUCUGGACUAACGGAAUCUCACCCUUAUGACUCUCAUCCGUCUUCUUGGAUUUUCAUGAGACGUGGAAUUAACUUCUGGGGUAAAGAACACCGUCAGAUUUAUUUAAUAGGGAAUCCAUUAACAUGGUGGUCUUCUACAUUUGCCUUAUUUAUAUUUAUUGUUGCAAAAUCUGUUUUAAUCCUGAGAGCAAAAAGAGGUUAUAAGGAUCAUUUAAACUCGACUAUAGUACAUUUUGAUUCCAAUGCGAGUUUCCUUUUUGUUGGAUGGUUCCUUCAUUAUUUUCCAUUCUUUUUAAUGAAACGACAACUUUUCUUACAUCAUUAUUUCCCAUCAUUAUAUUACGCCAUUUUACUUAUUGGUAUAGGAUUUGAUUUAUUUACGAUUCGAUUAAAAAAAAGGGAACGUUACAUAGCAGCCACAAUAUUUUUAUUAGCAGUAAUAUAUUUUUUUUCAAUAUUUUCCCCGAUGGCUUAUGGUAAUCCAUGGAUAAAAAGUGAAUGUCAAAGUGCUAAAUGGUUAAAUACUUGGGACUUUAAUUGUGAUCAACAUUUUGAUACUUAUGACCAAUUUUAUAAUGAAGAUUUAAAAAAUGUAGAUCAAGCAAAUAUUAUAACAAAAACUGAAGAUUCUAUAUCACUUGAUGAUAAUAAUCAAAAGGAACCACACAACGUAUCAAAAGAUGAUAGUAAAUUAAGGAAUAUUAGUAAAUGA